AUGGAAAAGAUCGACACACAUUGUCAUAUCGUGCCGCCAGGCUGGAGAAGAUGGUGUGAAGAGCAUGGCUGGGGGAGGCCUGAUGGCAUGCCUUGUAUCCCGGAAUGGUCUCCAGAAGGCCACAUUGCGUUGAUGGAUAAACUUGGCAUCAAGAAAUCUAUACUGAGCAUCACGUCGCCUGGGACUCAUCUCAAAGUCGGCGACUUCGAGCUUGCCAAGCAAGUCACACGAGAGACCAACAUUGAAAUAGCCGACAUAUGUCGACAAUUCCCUGCUCGGUUUGGCUGGUUUGCCUCGCUCCCCCUGCCUGAUGUGGAGGGGUCUCUCGAGGAAAUCGACCACGCUCUGAAAUUGGGCGCAUCAGGGUUCGCUGUCAUGACCAAUGCCCAAGGCUACUACAUGGGCGAUUCACGUUUCGACCCAGUCUUCAAGAAGCUCGAUGAUUAUAAAGCUGUCAUUUUCAUGCAUCCGACUCAAUGUUGCUCUCUCGACAAUCCAGUUGCCGAUAAGCCGUUGGCACAGUACCCAACGCCCAUGAUGGAGUACUUCUUCGACACUACUCGCGCUGUGGUCAAUCUACUUCUGUCAGGUACGGUGACACGCUUUGAGAACUUGACAUUUUUGGUUUCUCAUUGCGGUGCCACCUUACCUCCUCUCGUAGAAAGAUUUACUUUGUUCUCGAGCAGAAUGCUUCCGGAAUGUGAAAAGUUGACCAGCGACCGGGUGAAGGAAUUAUUCAGGACUCGAUUCUUCUUCGACUUGGCUGGCAUGCCGUUCCCGGAUCUCAUUCACGGGUAUUUGAGAGUGGGAGAGGCAGAUCGCUUACUUUACGGUAGUGACUAUCCCUACACCCCGGGCCCGGUUGUGGAGGGCUUGAGCCAAUUGAUGGACUCUCAGCUUAAGGAGAUGUUUGAGGAGGCACAUAUUCAGAAGAUCUUUUCUGGAAAUGCAAUAUCUUUGGGUCUAUAA